ACCAAGGAUGGCAUUCAGAAGAACUUGGAGGAUGAAAUUAUCGAGUACAAUUUUAAGACCUCUUUCUUUGAUAUAUUUGUCUUGGCUUUCUUUCGGUUCUUUGUGUUGCUGCUGGCCUACGCCGUCGUCAGGCUGCGCCACUGGUGGGUCAUAGCGGUCACUACGUUGGUAUCCAGUGCCUUCCUGAUUGUGAAGGUCAUCCUCUCCGAGCUCCUGACCAAAGGGGCUUUUGGCUAUUUACUUCCUAUCGUCUCGUUCGUCAUCGCUUGGCUAGAGACUUGGUUCCUGGAUUUUAAAGUCCUAACUCAGGAAGCAGAAGAGGAACGAUGGUACCUGGCAGCCCAGGCUGCAGCUUCUCGUGGUCCCCUGCUCUACCCCGGAGCCCUUUCCGAGGGGCAGUUCUACUCCCCACCAGAGUCCUUCGCAGGGUCAGACAACGAGUCGGACGAGGAAGGUGCAGGCAGGAAGGCAUUGACAGCUCAGGAGAAAGAGUACGUCCGACAAGGCAAAGACGCGAUGGAGGUUGUGGACCAAAUCCUCGCCCAGGAGGAGAACUGGAAGUUUGAGAAAAACAAUGACUUUGGUGAUGUUGUUUACACUUUUGAAAUCCCUUUCCAUGGCAAGACCUUUAUUUUAAAGGCUUUCCUGCAGUGCUCUGCUGAAACAGUUUACCAGGAGGUUAUUCUCCAGCCUGAGAAGAUGAUCCUGUGGAACAGAACGGUGGCAGCUUGCCAGAUUUUGCAGCGGGUUGAAGACAACACGAUCGUCUCGUACGACGUGGCAGCCGGGGCUGCGGGCGGUGUCGUUUCCCCAAGGGAUUUUGUGAACGUGCGGCGGAUCGAGAGGAGGAGGGACAGGUACAUUUCCUCAGGGAUGUCGACCACGCACAGCCUGAAGCCUCCUCUCUCCAAGUAUGUCAGGGGUGAGAACGGACCCGGAGGAUUCAUCGUCCUGAAAUGUCCCAGCAACCCCAGGGUCUGCACCUUCAUCUGGAUUCUCAACACGGACCUGAAGGUAAAACCAGUCCUUGGCUGA